GCCAAAAAAUAUCAGGCCCUUCUCCCUUAAUCAAUCCUCUCCAACUACAAAUUUCAGAUCUCCGAUUUCUGGUUUACGCUUCUCUCUCUCUGAUUCCAUGGCUUCCCUUCCCUUUUCUUCUCUCUGCCUCACUAGAAAUCCUUCCCCCUGCGGAAUCGGAUUUGGAGCGCCGCACAGAUUUGAUUUUACUGCCUUCGGAUCGCCGGUGAGUAAGAGAAAUCGGUAUCCUGUUUGCAGAGCUGCGUCCCUGGCCUUCCGCGACCUCGAUGCCGAUGAUUUCCGCCAUCCUCUCGACAAGCAGAACACAAUGAUUUUGCGGGCGAUUCCAGGGUUGAGCGAGCUCGGGAAGGUUUUAUUGGGAACCGUGACUGAGCAAGUCAUGCUUCUUGAGAACAUAGGAACAUCAAUUCUUGUUUCUGAAAAUCAGCUUUCAAAUCUUCAUCAAUUGAUGAUUGAGGCUGCCAAAGUACUGAAUGUUGACGCUCCAGAUCUAUAUGUCCGACAAAGUCCUGUACCAAAUGCUUAUACUUUAGCCAUAAGUGGUAAAAAGCCGUUUGUUGUUGUCCAUACUGGCCUAGUGGAGCUUCUUACAGGAAAAGAACUGCAGGCUGUUUUGGCUCAUGAAUUGGGUCAUCUAAAAUGUGAUCAUGGUGUGUGGCUUACAUUUGCAAAUAUUCUUACCCUGGGGGCUUACUCUGUACCUGGGCUUGGUGGUUUCUUAGCACAGAACUUAGAAGAACAGCUAUUCCGUUGGCUUCGAGCAGCAGAGCUAACUUGUGAUCGUGCUGCCCUUCUUGUUGCUCAAGAUUCUAAAGUGGUCAUCUCCGUUCUGAUGAAAUUAGCUGGGGGCUGUCCAUCCAUAGCUGAUCAACUGAAUGUGGAUGCUUUUUUGGAGCAAGCUCGCUCUUAUGACAAAGCUUCUUCAAGCCCUAUAGGAUGGUAUAUAAGAAAUGCGCAAACAAGACAACUCUCGCAUCCUCUGCCUGUUUUACGAGCUCGUGAGAUCGAUGACUGGUCAAAAAGUCAAGAAUAUAAAAAUAUCUUGAAACGCGGAACAAAGAUCAAUUUUGUUGAUACAGCUUAGUUGCCUUGUGUACAGAAUCAGAAUUAUUAACAGUUAACCUUUAUACGGUCAGAAAAAUGCUGAUAAAAUGACGAUGUAUGAAAAGCUCUCCACCUUUGAUGGUUGUGUUCCAAACUUCCUAAAUAUAGGUUCUGUUGUAGACAUAUAUCCGAGUCACAUUUACAGCGGAAUUCAGUUAUAUCAUUACAUGAAGCAGCAUUUUCAGAAUGUACAUCGAGGCAGAAGUGGUAUAUAAAUCUACAUUGCUUCCAGUUCGGUACAACAUUAUACCCGGUCUAGGAUAUGAAGUUAUAACAAUCUAAAUGUACUGUAUUGCAACAAUCAUUAUGGUUCUAUAAAAUGUAUUUUUCGUCUUAGAUUUA